GGGGAUGCCGGCAGGCUCGGGCCGCACCUCCGCGGGCCUCGCGCGCCAGGAGCCUUGGUUGGUCUGUGAGCAUGAGGAGUGAGGCCCUAGGAAAGAGAUGAAUUGGUGAAGCCAGGAUGAAACUGCUUCCGGGAGUCGGAGUCUUUGGGACUGGCAGCUCUGCUCGGGUUCUGGUCCCGUUGCUGAGAGCUGAAGGCUUCACCAUUGAGGCACUGUGGGGCAGGACUGAAGAAGAGGCAAAGCAGCUUGCUGAAGAGAUGAGCAUUUCCUUCCACACCAGCCGGACAGACGACGUCUUGCUGCACCAGGAUGUGGAUCUGGUUUGCAUUAACAUCCCCCCUCCACUCACUCGACAGAUAGCUGUGAAAGCUCUAGGUAUUGGAAAGAAUGUGAUCUGUGAAAAAGCAGCAACCUCCGUGGAUGCCUUCAGGAUGGUAACAGCGGCACGCUACUACCCCAAACUUAUGAGUCUUGUGGGGAAUGUCCUUCGAUUCCUGCCUGCCUUUGUUCGGAUGAAGCAGCUUAUUGAAGAGCAUUACAUUGGCAAUGUGAUGAUCUGUGAUGUGCGUGUGUACUGGGGCAGCCUGCUUAGCCAAAAGUACAACUGGAUCUGUGAUGAGCACAUGGGGGGCGGUGGUCUGCACACAAUGGGCACCUAUAUUGUUGACCUCUUAACCCACCUAACUGGGAGGAAGGCUGAGAAAGUCCAUGGUUUUCUGAAGACAUUUGUGAAACAGAAUGCCGAGAUUAAUGGGAUCCGGCAUGUCACCAGUGAUGACUUCUGCUUUUUCCAGAUGCUUAUGAAUGGGGGUGUUUGUAGCACAGUAACUCUCAACUUCAACAUGCCAGGCUCCUUUGUGCACGAAGUCAUGAUUGUGGGGUCUGCUGGUCGCCUCAUAGCCCGAGGAUCUGACCUCUAUGGACAGAAGAGUACCGAGCUCCAGGAGGAACAGCUGCUCACAGACUCUUUGACAAUCAAUGCAGGGCUUCUAGAAAAGGGAUUUAAAGACAUUCCCUUGCUGUACCUGAAAGGCAUGGUAUACAUGGUGCAGGCUUUGCGCCAGUCAUUUCAGGAGCAAGAUGACCAUCGCACCUGGGAUUAUAAGCCAGUCUCCAUGGCAGCCUCGUUUGAGGAUGGGCUUUACAUGCAGAGUGUGGUUGAUGCCAUAAAGAAAUCCAGCAGGUCUGGGGAAUGGGAGACUGUGGAAGUCAUGACUGAGGAGCCAGAUGCCAAUCAGAACCUUUGUGAGGCACUGCAAAGAAAUAAUGUAUGAGCUGGCAGCUGGACAUUUGGGAUGACAGUGUAGGGUAAGGCUGGGCCCCAGCCUCUCUGGGAGACACGUGGGUUUGUAUUUAAUAAGUCAGGUUAUUAUAUGUCUGGGCAAAAACCUGAGGUAACCAUGGGGAAAAGGCAGAGUGAUUUCUCCUCAGACUCAUUGGGAGGUUAGAGCUUCCAUUGUUCUUGGAUCAGAUUGUUAGCAAAACUUGAAUUUCCCUUUGCACUUGCAGAAAAGGACAGAGCUGUUACCCAUGACAUCAUGGAUGUGAGAAGAAGUCAGGCCUGCUUGUUCAUCGGAUGGCAAAACAUACACUGGGGAGCCAGAUCUGCUGCCCCAGCCUCCUGGGAAAUUACUUGAGGCAUCAAGACCUGGAUAGAACUGAUAACCAGGUCUCUCUCCUCAUCCCCUUCCUGGGCAAGAGUUCCUCUGUCAGGGCUUUGGGACUCAUCUCUGGCUCUCUUCCCUGAACUCCUUUACUUUGUUCACAGAGGGGCAGGGUACAGAGAAAGGACUCUCCUCUCCGUUGAUUUAUAGGCUUAGGUCUUCUAACUGACAGAUAAGAUGGGGAAUAUGGGACCACCUUCCCACAUACUACCCAGAGUCUAAAUGCUGGAAGAGAAGGGGAAAGUCCUUGUUUUAGGGAACUCCCUCUUGGAGGUGACUGAACUCUAAAGCAAAUGUUAGGUGAGUAUUUCAACCAUAAAAACAAAGAGAAGAAAGAGAGGAUUAAAACACCUGAAAAAAAUCUAAAGUAAAUUAAUCAGAAGAUCUAAUAUUCCGAAUUGUUUGUAGGGUGGGAGAGGGAAGAGAUUUUGUGGGAAUUAUAAAGACUCAUUUAAGGAGACUGAAGUUUUCAUUUACUUGUGGGCUCUGCAGUGAUUUCCGUGAAACAGGCAUAGAGCUAACUGAUUUUUGAAGAAACUCAUCAUUUGGACAAUUGACCCAUACAUCUGGGCCCCUUUCUCUGCCUCUGACCCUCUAACUUCCAUUCUGGCCUUUCGCCAGCCCCUCCCCACCAUAGGUCCUAUCUUUGGUGUUUCCUGAAGGGCUGGCUUCUCUCUCAGGGAAAAAACAACACAAAACAUAUAGAAAUUUAGAUGGUGCUUAUGGCUUCCUGAGGUCAUGUGUGGUUUCAGGAAGACCAGGAGAUACAAGGCUUCUCAGGAAACUCAGAGCUGAGGAGACAAAGGAAAAGUACUGACUGCCACAGAAAUGCGCAUGCAGCCCCUGGGAUAAAGAAAGGGCACAAGCAGAAGAGAGGUGGUGUCUCGGGAAGCACCUGAGGGCUGGGGGGUGGACAGUCUGUCAGCCUCCCAGGACAUCCCACCCCCCAGCCUGGGGCAGGUUUGGGUGAAAAACGCACUGCAGGGACUGCUUUUUGCCUGUAAUGCACAGGAGGUAACUACAUUCUUAUUAAAUGUGUUUUGUGUAUACAUAA